AUGUUGAAACUCCUACUUCUAUGGCUUGGUGCCAACGAUCUAACAGGGGUUGUCCCAUUUACUUUGGGAAACCUGUCAUCUCUUCAACAUCUGUCCGUUGCGUACAAUCAUUUGGAGGGAAAUAUUCCACAUGAAUUAGGUCGUUUGAAGAGCUUGAAAUAUUUAUAUUUGGAUGUAAAUAACCUAUCUGGUAUGAUUCUUCCCUCACUCUAUAAUUGGUCAUCUCCCAUUGAAUUUUUUGUAUCUGGCAACAUUCUAACUGGAAAUUUUACUCCAAACAUGAGGUUUAAUUUUCCUCAACUCCGCAAGUUUGGCAUAGCAGGGAAUCAGUUUACCGGAGUAAUUCCAGAUACACUAUCCAAUAUUUCAGGACUUGAACAUUUGGAUCUAGGUAACAAUUAUCUAACUGGCCAAGUCCCUGAUAGCUUAGGAGUGCUCAAGGAUCUCUAUUGAUUGAACUUUGAAUUAAAUAAUUUAGGAAGGGGCAUGCCGGGCGAUUUAAAUUUUCUAUCUUCUUUGCCCAAUAUCAGCAGUUUAAGACUUAUCAAUCUACAGGCCAAUAAUUUCGGGGCGUGUUACCCAUCUCCAUUGUUAAUCGCUCAACCCAACUGGAGAAGCUUAUCAUAGGAGACAACAAAAUAUCUGGAAGCAUCCCAAAAGAGAUUGGAAACCUGAUCAGCUUAACUGUUUUCAGUGCAAUGCGGAAUAAUCUCACUGGUGCCAUUCCCACUUCAAUUGGCAAGCUUCAGAAUUUAAGAGUAUUCGAGUUAAAUUGGAACAGGCUAUCAGGUCUGCUCCCAUCCACCCUCUGCAACUCAAGUCAACUAUACUACCUUGACAUGGGCUACAACAAUUUGGAAGGGAACAUUCCUACAUCUCUCAGGAACUGCCAAAAUAUGGAAAUUCUUUUCCUCGAUCACAAUAAGUUGAAUGGUAGUGUACCUGAAAAUGUCAUUGACCAUUUCAAUCAGUUGAGAUCACUCUACCUACAGCAAAACACACUCACCGGUUCUCUUCCAGCAGAUUUUGGUCAACUGAAAAAUCUAAAUCAGUUACUUGUUUCUGACAACAACUUGUCAGGGGAAAUCCCCAGGGAACUUGGCAGCUGUUCGGUAUUAGAGUAUCUUGACAUGGCAAGAAACUCCUUCCAGGGAAACAUCCCCCUGUCCUUUAGCUCUUUGGGAGGAAUUCAAAUCCUAGAUCUUUCGUGCAACAACUUGUCUGGAAUGAUUCCCAAAGAACUACAACAUCUUUCCGCUUUGCUGAGUUUAAAUCUGUCUUAUAGCUACAUUGAAGGUGAGGUUCCAAGUGGAGGAGUUUUUAAAAAUGUGAGUGGGAUUUCAAUCACUGGGAACAAGAAGCUUUGUGGGGGAAUCCCUCAACUUCAGCUGCCAGCUUGUUCUGAUGUAGAGUCAGCAAAGCAUGGCAAGGGGAAGCAUCUUUCAACCAAAAUUGUUAUAGCCAUAAGCAUUACUGGUGUUUCUUGCCCGGCUUUCAUAGUGGCUUCAGUUCUCCUCUAUGGGAGAAAAAAGGCAGUAAUGAAGUCUUCUUCCACUUUUUUAAGAUAUGGGUACUUGAGGGUUUCUUACAAAGAGCUCCUCAAGGCAACUAGUGGAUUUGCUUAUUCCAUCUUGAUUGGCAUGGGAAGUUUUGGUUCCGUGUACAAAGGAAUUCUAAGUCGAGGCGAAAGACCUGUUGCAGUGAAGGUACUGAACCUUCAACAGCGUGGAGCUGCCAAGAGUUUCAUGGCUGAGUGCAAGGUCCUCAGGAAUAUUCAGCAACGGAAUCUGCUUCGAAUCAUAACUUCAUGUUCAAGUGUGGACAACAAAGGUUGUGAUUUUAAGGCUCUAGUAUUUGAGUUCAUGCCUAAUGGAAACCUAGAUAGCUGGCUGCAUCAUGAAUCCAGAAAUUUAAGCUUCAGACAAAGAUUGGAUAUCGCAAUUGAUGUGGCUAAUGCUCUGGAUUAUCUUCAUCACCAAUGCCAGACACCAAUUGUUCAUGGGGAUCUAAAGCCAAGCAAUGUUCUUCUUGAUGAUGACAUGGUUGCCUAUGUUGGGGACUUUGGGUUAGCCAAGCUCAUUCCUGAGGCCACCGAGAUUUCAAGUAGUGAUCAAACCAGUUCAGCCCUGCUGAUGGCAUCCAUCGGUUAUGUGGCUCCAGAAUACGGAAUAGGUGGCUCCAUGUGGCCUCAAGGAGAUAUGUACAGCUAUGGCAUCCUUUUCCUGCAGAUGUUGACGGGAAGGAGACCAAUAGAGCACAUGUUUUCGGAUGGUUUGAGCCUUCACAGUUUCUCGAAGAUGGCAUUGCCAGAACGGGUGAUGGAGAUUGCCGAUUCAACCUUGGUUGGGGAGUCAGGUGAAGCGAUCAACAAUAUAGCAAAUCACGGUGAUAUGGAAGGUAGAAUGCAGGAUUGCCUUGCUUCAAUUGCGAGAAUUGGAGUAGCAUGUUCUGAAGAAUCACCUGGUGGUCGAAUGGACAUCAAAGACGUGGUGAUGGAACUGAAUAUCAUUAAGGAAGUGUUUCUUGGGGUAGGAAUCCAUGGAGAGAGACAUAUCAGGAUGCAACUACCUCCGGAAGGAACAUCUCAGCUCGGUGGUGACUGAAGAGUGUGUGUAUAUAUACAUAUAUACGUGUGUGUGUGUGUGUGUGUUUUAUCUUCAAUAUUGUUCAUGCAUCCCUUAUAUGGUUUGUGGUGUGUUUUAUCUUGUGUCUCCAUCUGGAUAAUCUGUGGGACGACUCAAUUAGAUGGUGGUUUGUUCUAAUUGUGGCUGCCUACUCUCUGUCUCAACAAUAAUUUCCCUCCACAA